CAUCAAACACCAGAGUUGCGUGACCACGAUUUAUGUUGAUCAGUGUAUAAUGAACGAUCUCAUCAAAAAGUGGGGAGCGUAGCAGACAGGUUGGGAUUUCUUCGUCUCUCUUCGAAAUUGGCGAAAUUGGAUCAGUCAUUUCGUACCACCUGUAUGGUACUAGAUCGGUGGAUAAACAUAUAGGGGAAUAGUGAAGUGCAGUUUUUCUCGAAAUAUUCACGAUGUUUUGUGUCAUUCCCCAAAGGGCUGUCCUUGCCCUCAUGCUGUUCACAGCGUGCGCCAUAUCGUACAUGUUGAGGGUGAACCUGUCCAUCAACAUAAUAGCGAUGGUUAAGGAACCAAAGACGCAUAACACCACUUUCGUACCAACCUGUAUAGCGAAAUCCGUGACGAACGUCACUAUUGAAGAGGUUUCGGAAGAAAAAUUCGAAAAAUUGACGAUGGGAAGCGAUAGUGAAGGGGACGAUGGUUAUCAGCGAUAUGACUGGGAUUCUCAAACUCAGGGACUUCUGAUCGGGGCCUAUUUCUGGGGCCAAAUUAUCUCAUGCGCCCCUGGUGGACUUGUGGCAGAAAGAUUCGGUGCUACCAAAACAGUCUUCAUCUCCACAAUCUUAGCCGCCCUAUGCACUUUCUUCAUACCUUUAGCUGCGAUGGUAGAUUGGACCGUUGUAUGGUUGCUGAGAUUCAUAACAGGAAUUAUGGGUGGCGUCAUCUACCCAUCCCUGCAUUGUCUCAUUUCAAGAUGGGCUCCGCCAGUAGAAAAAGGAAAGUUUAUAGGAGCACUACUCGGAGGCAGUUUGGGGACAGUCCUCACCUGGCCUCUACUCGGUAUGGUCAUUGAGAAAUGGGGAUGGCCCACAUCUUUCUUCGUACCGGCUGUCGUAGCCGUUCUUUGGAGUGGAUUAUGGUUUUACGUGGUCUCAGACUCCCCACAGGAAAAUCGAGGUAUCAGCGAGGCUGAGCGUUCUUACAUCGAGAACAGUUUGAAGGGCUUAGGCAACGUAGACAAGGUCAUACCUCCAUACUUCCAAAUUUUCACCUCCAUACCGGUCUGGGCUUUCAUAAUAGCCCAUUUCGGAAACGCAUGGGGGCUGUUCUUCCUCAUGACCUCAGGUCCCAAAUACAUGUCUUCGGUGUUGGGCUUCAAGCUCCACAGUUCUGGAUUCCUCUCGGCCUUACCAUACCUAGCGAGGAUGUUGUUCGGUUUCUUCUUCGGCUUCAUCGGCGACCUGAUACAGAAGAACAAGUGGAUGGAGACGACCACCAUGAGGAAGUCUUUCAUCACAUGCUCUCAUAUUAUACCGGGAUCGCUGCUUUUCCUCCUAACUGCGGCGGAAUGCGACGUGAUCUGGACCAUAACCUUGAUAACCUUCUCCCUGGGGGUCAACGGCGCCUCUUCGAUCACCAACCUGGCCAACUCCCAGGAUUUGGCUCCGGCUUUUGCGGGCAGCCUGUACGGCAUAGCGAACACCGUGGGGGGUACCACAGGGUUCAUUUCGCCGGCCAUCGUCGGUUACUACACCAAGGACCACAACGGCAUCGAUCAAUGGCGUAAGAUUUUCUACAUCGGCGGAGCUGUCUACAUCGUUUCAGGACUGACGUUCUGCAUUUUCGGCAGUGGCGAGAAUCAGCACUUCACAGUCGAUCAGAAACCAGCUAAUCCGGAGAAAGGACAGAAGACCGGCAUCGAGAACAACGCCUUCGAAAGCGAUGAUAAUAAGAACAAUACGACGCAAAUUUAAACGAAUUAGUCGUUUGAUCAAUAUUAAUUGAUGAUCAAAUAUGCAACUAUUAGAUAAUUAGAAUUGAUAUAUCUAGCAGUAUUCUACCAAAGACUGAUCGAAAGUGAUACAACACUUCCCAUGUGAUUAUUUCUUUUAUAUGCAAGGAUGACUUCAUAGAUUUCAGUUUGUAAAUAACUUAACAAUGAUUUUAUGAAAGUAUUAUUUCAACAUUCCAGAUGUACAUAAUCUUGUUGGAAUUUUAUAAUAUUAAACUAUAUAAUUUCUUUCUUGGAGUUGCCCUCCAUUCAAUGUUGAACAAUUUGGAAAAUCUCCAAGAUAAACUCUAAUAUAAUGCUUGUUUGAA